AUGGCUAGGAAGAAGGUUAAGCUGGCAUUUAUUCAAAAUGACUCCGCCAGGAGAGCCACCUUCAGGAAAAGGAAGAUGGGGAUUAUGAAGAAAGUGAGUGAACUGAGCACACUGUGUGGUGUGAGUGCGUGCGCCAUCGUGUACGGGCCCAACGAAUCAGAGCCAGAGGUUUGGCCUUCCCCACAGGAAGCCAAACGUGUGGUGGCUCGGUUUAAGAGAAUGCCUGAAAUGGAACAAUGCAAGAAGAUGUUGAAUCAAGAAGAGUUCCUGAUGCAGAGGAUCGAGAAGCUCAAGGAGAAACUGAAGAAGCAAGUCAUGGACAAUCAAGAGAAGGAGAACACUAAACUCCUAUUCCAGUGCAUGUCAGGUCAAAAGGAUCUCAACGAUUUGACCCUCGAGAAUCUGGGCGAUCUGAUGUGGCUCGCCGAUGUCAAGAAGAAGGCCAUUAUAGAUAGGAUCCAACUCCUCAGCAGGACCCCCCCACCUUCUGAUCCCCAUCCCCAUCCCCAGUACAUGAUGAACACCCCUCUCCCUCUCCCUUCUGAUCCCAAUCCCCAUCCCCAGAUCAUGAGGAACAACAACACUCCUGUUGCCGCUGCUGCUGUUGCUGCUCCUACUAGAGAUCAAGUGAAUAGUGGUGGAGGAGAUCAGGUGGCGGCCGUGGAGGCUAUGCAUGCAGAACAACAACCCUGGUUCAUGGAUAUGAAUAUGAUGCACCACAAUCAUAACAUGGGCUUCCCCGCUGAAGCCAAUGAAAUGGUGAUGCCCUAUAUGGAUAACAAUACCAGCUGGAUCAAUAGUCCUUUCUUUCCUUGA